AUGUCUGAUCACCAAUAUAAAUUCGAUGUCUCUAUGAGCUGUGGCGGCUGCUCCGGAGCCGUGGAACGAGUUCUCAAGAAGCUUGAAGGCGUCAAAUCCUACGAAGUAAGCCUUGAAUCACAGACCGCAACUGUCGUGACAGAGCCAACUCUCGAAUACGACACUGUCCUCAGCACCAUCAAGAAGACAGGCAAGGCCGUAACGAAAGGAGAGGCAGACGGGAAGGAGAUGGCGGUUUAG